AUGGAAGGAGGCGGCAAGCCCAACUCCUCGUCCAACAGCCGGGACGAUGGCAACAGCGUCUUUCCCACCAAGGCGCCCGCGACGGGCGCGGGGCCGGCCGCGGCCGAGAAGCGCCUGGGUACCCCGCCGGGGGGCGGCGGGACCGGGGCGAAGGAGCACGGCAACUCCGUGUGCUUCAAGGUGGACGGCGGCGGCGGCGGCGGCGAGGAAUCGACCGGGGGCUUCGAGGACGCCGAGGGGCCCCGGCGGCAGUACGGCUUCAUGCAGCGGCAGUUCACCUCCAUGCUGCAGCCCGGGGUCAACAAAUUCUCCCUCCGCAUGUUCGGGAGCCAGAAGGCGGUGGAGAAGGAGCAGGAAAGGGUUAAAACUGCAGGCUUCUGGAUUAUCCACCCUUACAGUGAUUUCAGGUUUUAUUGGGAUUUAAUAAUGCUUAUAAUGAUGGUUGGAAAUCUGGUCAUCAUACCAGUUGGAAUCACAUUCUUUACAGAACAGACAACAACACCAUGGAUUAUUUUCAAUGUGGCUUCAGAUACAGUUUUCCUUUUGGACUUGAUCAUGAAUUUCAGGACUGGGACUGUCAAUGAAGACAGUUCUGAAAUCAUCCUGGACCCUAAAGUGAUCAAGAUGAAUUAUUUAAAAAGCUGGUUUGUGGUUGACUUCAUCUCAUCAAUCCCAGUGGAUUAUAUCUUUCUCAUUGUAGAAAAAGGAAUGGAUUCGGAAGUUUACAAGACAGCCAGGGCACUUCGCAUUGUGAGGUUUACAAAAAUUCUCAGUCUCUUGCGUUUAUUACGACUUUCAAGGUUAAUUAGAUACAUACAUCAGUGGGAAGAGAUUUUCCACAUGACAUAUGAUCUUGCCAGCGCUGUGGUGAGAAUUUUUAACCUCAUUGGCAUGAUGCUGCUCCUGUGCCACUGGGAUGGCUGUCUUCAGUUCCUGGUACCACUGCUGCAGGACUUCCCACCAGAUUGCUGGGUGUCUCUAAAUGAGAUGGUUAAUGAUUCUUGGGGAAAGCAGUAUUCCUACGCGCUCUUCAAAGCGAUGAGUCACAUGCUGUGCAUUGGAUAUGGAGCCCAAGCCCCAGUGAGCAUGUCUGACCUAUGGAUCACCAUGCUGAGCAUGAUCGUCGGGGCCACCUGCUACGCCAUGUUUGUUGGCCACGCCACAGCUCUAAUCCAGUCUUUGGAUUCCUCAAGGCGGCAAUAUCAAGAGAAGUAUAAGCAAGUGGAACAAUAUAUGUCAUUCCAUAAGUUACCAGCUGAUAUGCGUCAGAAGAUACAUGAUUAUUAUGAACACAGAUACCAAGGCAAAAUCUUUGAUGAGGAAAAUAUUCUCAAUGAACUCAAUGAUCCUCUGAGAGAGGAGAUAGUCAACUUCAACUGCCGAAAACUAGUGGCUACAAUGCCUCUUUUUGCUAAUGCGGAUCCUAAUUUCGUGACUGCCAUGCUGAGCAAGUUGAGAUUUGAGGUGUUUCAACCUGGAGAUUAUAUCAUACGAGAAGGAGCUGUGGGUAAAAAAAUGUAUUUCAUUCAACAUGGUGUUGCUGGUGUCAUCACAAAAUCCAGUAAAGAAAUGAAGCUGACAGAUGGCUCAUACUUUGGAGAGAUUUGCUUGCUGACCAAGGGAAGGCGCACUGCCAGUGUUCGAGCUGAUACAUAUUGUCGUCUUUACUCGCUUUCUGUGGACAAUUUCAAUGAGGUCCUGGAGGAAUACCCAAUGAUGAGAAGAGCCUUUGAGACGGUUGCCAUUGACCGAUUAGAUAGGAUAGGGAAGAAAAAUUCAAUUCUCCUGCAAAAGUUCCAGAAGGAUCUGAACACGGGUGUUUUCAACAAUCAGGAGAACGAGAUCCUGAAGCAGAUUGUGAAACACGACAGGGAAAUGGUGCAGGCAAUCCCUCCCCUCAAUUACCCUCAAAUGACAGCCCUGAAUUCCACCUCUUCAACUACUACCCCGACCUCUCGCCUGAGGACACAGUCGCCGCCAGUGUACACAGCCACCAGUCUGUCUCAUAGCAACCUGCACUCCCCCAGCCCCAGCACCCAGACCCCCCAGCCGUCAGCCAUCCUCUCACCCUGCUCCUACACCACCGCUGUCUGCAGCCCUCCUGUACAGAGCCCGCUAGCCACUCGAACUUUCCACUAUGCGUCCCCCACGGCUUCCCAGUUGUCCCUCAUUCAGCAGCAGCAGGUUCAGCAGCCACCGCAGCCCCAGCAGCCACCCCAACCUCCACAGACCCCCGGCAGCUCCACACCGAAAAAUGAAGUUCACAAGAGCACGCAGGCGCUUCACAACACCAGCCUGACCCGAGAAGUCAGGCCCCUCUCGGCCUCGCAGCCCUCGCUGCCCCAUGAGGUCUCCACCCUGAUCUCCAGACCGCAUCCCACUGUGGGCGAGUCCCUGGCCUCCAUCCCUCAACCCGUGACCACAGUCCACGGCUCGGGCCUGCAGGCUGGGGGCAGGGGCACCGUCCCCCAGCGAGUCACCCUGUUCCGACAGAUGUCGUCGGGAGCCAUCCCCCCACACCGAGGAGUCCCCCCGGCCCCCCCUCCACCAGCAGCCGCUCAUCCGAGGGAGGCGCCCUCAGUCUUAACUACAGACCCAGAGGCAGAAAAGCCACGAUUUGCUUCAAAUUUAUGA